AGUGACCGCGGGAGGCGGGGCCGCGGGAGGAGAGGCCACGGCCCCCAGGCCUGGACACCUGAGCAGCACCAGGGCGGGCGGAUGCGCCGGGCCGCAUCCGGAGAGACCGCAGGCGGCCCCGGGUCGGUCCUUCCUCCGCGCCCGGCCCGGCCCGCGGGGACAGGCGCUGUGUCCGAACGGCGCGGGCCCACCGGGACCGUGCUGCCGUCGGUCUGGCCCGGGGCCUGCAGGGUCCCCCGUCCCUGGGACCCCGAGGGGCGCCGCACGAGCCCCGCGGGCCGAGCGCGGAGCGGCCCCGCACAGCCGGCUCCCGGCCAGCACGCGGACGGCAGCCCGCCGGGACACGGCCCCCACCGAGGGCCCGGCCCUCUCCGCCCACGGUCCCCUCUGUCCCCCAGACCCCGGAAGUGGGGCGCUGUCACCCCAGGUGCGGGCGCCGGGCGCAGCCACUGUCCCCACGCCGGUCCCUUGCUGCCGCCGCAGGAGGACCGAAGAUGCCCACCCCGCCCACGAGACAACGAGCCCGGCGCCCACUUCCAAUUCACUUAUAUUUAUUUCAACGCCGCGGAUACCGCGAGACGUGGACGCGACACCAGGCACUGGAGCAGACGGACUGGACGGAGCCCUGGCUCCUGGGGCUGGGCGGCUUCCACCUGCUCUGCCUGCUGCUCACCUGGUUCUCCUCGAAGAGGUACAGGCUGCAGGUUGGCCAUUUCCUGUGCCUGAUCACUCUCGUCUGCUGCGCCGAGUCCAUCAAUGAGGUGGCCGCCCUGAACUGGAGGCUGUUUUCAAAAUAUCAGUAUUUCGACUCGAGGGGGAUGUUCAUCUCAUUGGUGUUUUCGGCGCCGCUGCUGUUGAACGCCAUGAUCAUCGUGAUUCUGUGGGUGCGUAAGACUUUGAGUGUGAUGACCGACCUAAAGAACUUACAGGAGAAGAGGAGAGAGAGGAAGAGGAGGAGGAAAGCAGAGUGAACGCGGCUGCUCCGUGCUGUUCCCAGUGCGCGUCGCAGGCGGCCCGUGGGCAGCCGAGCCCGUUGGUGGUGAUGAUUCUUUGCUGCGACGUCCUCGUACGGAACAUGCCUAGGCUGCUUUCUCGGACAAGCACUGGCAUCCCCCAGGCGUUCCUCAGCCUGCACCUGUCCCUGAGACGCUUGGUGCCUGUCCAGCUGAACUGUGUCAAUAAAGAGUCUGUGCGGGGCCUUUCUUCA